AUGGCCGCCGCAGGAGGGGCUUCGAGUAUCAUCACACAGGUGCAGCAGACUGGUGGGCCACCGCUGAACUCCCUUGGAGAUAUCGGCGGAGAUGAGCACAUAACGCUGGAUCUGCGUGGCAUGAGAUUCACUCUCUCCCGCGACGAGCUUCUCACAUUGCCCGAGUUUGUUCUCCUGUCCCUGUUUCCCAACGGAUUGCUGCCGGAUGGACACAUGGGCUCGUUCCACGAGGGAGACGUAUACCCAGUCGACUAUGAUCCACUAUCGCUCCAAUACCUGCUAGAUUUCUUCCGGGCUGUUGCUCAGUCAAUCCCGUCUUCUUCACCUUCUCCAACUACAUCGCCCACUGUUGAGGCGGCCGAUCCCAUCCCAAACCCAGCGCGGGACAUGCUGCAGGAUCGUGCUGGAAUCAUCGUCCUGCGCGAAGACCUAGAUUUCUACGCCAUCCCUCCAACUGCGGAGAUUGAGCAUGCUGAGAUGAUGGAGAUCAAGCGAGCUGCCGGCCCGUGCCUUACUCAAGCAGGAUGGGAUCUUCUCAGGACUACGGAAAAGGGAUUCAACCAUGAUGACAGAUGGGGUCAUCGUGCCGGCGAGCCAAACAAGGCUGUGAUAUGUAGUCUGGCGCUGGCCAAGCUACGGACCGACAUCAGAGGCGAUAUGGCCAAUAGCAAUGCUGUCGGCAUGGCACAGAAGCUACUCCUGUUCUGGAGAAAACCAGCUCGGCGAUGCUGGUGGGAAGGUGUCGAGCUUGAGAACGUCGAGGGGGUAAAAGGUAAAUUAAAAGUCUGGAUCCGGAGAGUGUGGACCCUAGAAAUGAGUGUUAUCGGCCUCCGUUGA